AUGGCCUCCGGAGACACUUCCACUGCUCCCACCGACACCACCACGGCCUCCGGCGAGACCUCUACUGCUCCAGCUACCUCCACACAGACCACCACUCCCAAGCCAUCCAUCUCUGCACCUGCACCAGCAGCACCAGCGUCCCUGCCAGCAGAUGGUGACAGUGCCCGGUGCCGUCUGCCUGAACGUCUGAGUCCCGGUGGGCGUGGAUGGGUGCGGGUUUUUAGUGUGUGGGGGCAACACUGUGCGUGUGUGUUGGGGGCUGGGUUCGGAGACCCACCUCACACUCAGGGAUCUCUUCCAGUUGAUUGCCUGAACGGGGGAACCUAUGAUGGCAAGAAAUGUAUCUGCAAGAGUGAAUUCAAUGGGCCGCAGUGUGAGUUUGCCGAGGAUGUUAUACCCACCAACGUGAGUACAUUCCAGGCUGAGGUGGAAGUUCAAGUGAAGGUCACCAACAAGAACUUCUCGGAGGAGCUGAACAAUAAAUCCUCUCCAGUUUAUAUGGAAUUCGAGGAGCAAUUCAAAAAGCAGAUGGAUACGGUGUACAAGAGGAUGACUGGGUACAAAGGCAUUGUCAUCCUGUCGCUGAGGCAAGGCAGUAUUGUGGUUGACCACACCGUGAUCAUCGAGGCCCCCCUGAGCAACAACCUCGAUGCCACCUUGGAGUCCGUCACCAAGCAGGUGGUGAAGCAGCUGGAGGACAUCAACACAACAACAGGUAACUGCACAGGCACGUUCUGCUUGACGGCUCCACCCAACCCGGUCAAAAACGCCACUACGAAUUUUUCGGCGGCAGAUAUCUGCAAGCAGAUCGUCCCCCAGGACUUGGCCCAGUACUACUACCCUCACAUCACUGAGAAGGGCACCCUGUGCUGCCUCACCAGGUGCUCCCAGGACCUGCCAGAUUUCCUGAACUGCAACUACGGGCAGUGCCAGCUGACGAGCUCUGGGCCCCAGUGCACCUGUGCCAACAAGGAUGUGUUCUGGUACCCAGGUGAUCGCUGCCAAACCCGUGUCAGUAAGGUGGGCGUGGGCAUGGCUGUUCCCCUGGUCGUCCUGUUCAUCGCUGGCAUCAUCCUAGUCACCUUCCUGGGCAGAGCCAGGCGUCGGAGGCCCUUAGCCUGGUUAAGGGGCCAGACUGCAAAGCUCUGCUGA